CGACCAUUUCUCAUGCAUGCAUGCGCCCAAACAACACUGAGGUCAUUCACUCCCACCAGGAACAGGAAUUCUAUCGCGUACACGCAAAUGCGCUCUUUGCGAUCUGCUCAUUGACCAUCUAAUACGGACUCGCCCAUAUCUACAAUUGCACGGAACUCGCCUUGGUAUUUGAAUCGUUGUCUCUCUCUCGGUCGAUAUGAGCCAGCUUCAAAUGGAUCACGAUCCCCACAAUCACCACCAUCACUCAGAACAGUCUUAUGAUGAUCAUAACGCUGGAUGGCAUGACACUUCUGUGUACGGUCAUUCGCAACAUCAGUCGUCUGUCCAAGAUUUCAAUGCGUUACCAUACAACAACACAAGCUAUACCCCGCUCCCAAUGGAGCCCAUAUAUACAACUGGAAUGCACCCACCAAGGACCACUCAUCCGCAGCUUCAGCCUUUGAUUAUGCCACAAUGGCCAAGUAUGUUGACCAGCCAGUCAACCUAUGUGCCGCCUAUCUUUCCUUCAGCAGCGCCGGUUCCAAUCACUCCCGCAUCAGCUACUCCGGUGUCAGCUACCUCCACUCGAUCGCAUUCUUCAACUCCUCGAAAGACUCUUACAGAUGCGGACCGAAGGCGGAUGUGUCUUUACCAUGAAGAGCAUCCCACAGUCAAGCAGACAGAGAUCGGCGCAAUGUUCGGUGUUGAGAGAAGUACCGUUUCCAAGGUCUUGCGUCAAAAGGAGAAGUAUCUUUACCAAGACGAUGGAAGCCGAUCGCCGAUCAGGAAGUCGAAAGGCAAAUUUCCAGAUAUUGAGAGGGCGCUCGCCAACUGGGCACGGAAUCAUCAGAAACAGGGUUUACCUUUGAACGAUUCGAUCAUUCGAGAAAAAGCACGCUUCUUUGCGACAACUGUAGGAAAUUCAGAGAGCCACCUCAAAGCCAACAGCACCAGCUGGCUUGAAAAAUUCAAACAGAAGAACAACCUCAUGGGUGCGAAAUCGAGGAAGGGUUCAAUAGCGGAAGAAUCCGAAGGUGCCUCAAAUCCACCGUCAAAUGCACAAACACCCGUGGGCGUAUCUCCUACCUCGCCAAAUGGAAUAUCGCCUUCGCCCCUAACUGUUUCUGCAAAGAAGAGCGAGGAGAAUUUAAAGACAGAGAGCCCUGAUAGUUAUGAUUUUUCGAAUCAUCGUCGACCUUUUCACUCGCAAAGCAAUACGUCCCUAUCCAGCGUCUUCACCGACACAGCACCGUCGUCCUUCUCAGCAGGGCCAACCAGUCCAACCUCGCUGUCAUCACCGUUCUUCACACCGGAUUCAGCUUGCGGGCCAAACCCUUUCAUGGGAAACCAGCAAGCUAGAGGGCAACCCGGGAGCAGCAACUUCCAGCGACCACGAAGCCAGACCUUCCCGAUGCUUGUCGGUGUAGAACAAUACAUGUCACCCCCAGCCUCCUCUGAAGCACUCACGCCGAAAUACAUCAACAGCACUGCAUUAGACUCGCCCAUGACCGAGAUUCGAUCAUCAAUUGGCGGUGCUGACGAGUCGAUGCAAGCCUCUCCGACCCAAGCGACGAGUACAAUGCAACCUCCGCCAGUACCAUCCGUCCCACCUGUCAGUAUCCCAAUGCAGCAGCCAAGCGUCACCCAGGCGCCUUCUAUGAGCCUAGAGGAUUCUUCUCCAGUAACACCAUCCCAAGAGGAGGCUGCCCGAGCAUUGGAACUGGUUAUGAGCUUCUUCCAAACACAACCGAGCGGCUUCGUGGAACCACAAGAAUACGUCAUGAUUGGCAAACUGAUGGAGAAGCUAAAAAUCAAACGUCACGCAGACAAUUUGUCCUCCGAGAUUCGUCGCAUUCCGGAACCCGAUUUCAGUGCCGCCAGCAAGCUGGAAAGCAUUGAUGGAUUGCACUAACGUCCUGACCUAUAGGAGUGAUGAGUGGGCUAAGUCGUAUGCGCAUUCAACUCGGCUGCCACAGCACCAGAAUUAGUGCAUGGUGCUGCCGCCACUGAACAACACAUCGAUUGCGGCCAUCUGCUUUUGUACGG